AUGAAGCUGAGCUCCGCUCAUUACGCCCUGUUCCUCCUAUCCUCAGUCCUCGGUCUAUCAAACGCUGACUCCUCUCAUCUCAAUGAUGAUUCUCCGUGUGUCGCCCGCUCUCCAACUACCGGCUUAUACUUUGACCUCAGCGCAAUCUCGUUAUCUCCGCCGGAACUGAAGGAUGGCAAGAAGGUUGUGAAGGAUGCACGGGAUGAAAGCUGGCACGCCAAGGGCCAUGACUACCCAGCAAACUUCACAAUCAACUUCUGUGCGCCAGUUAUUGAGAACGUGACGGAUGUGGUUGGGAUAGAGGCGUCGCGGUGGAAGAACAUCAGUGCAUAUUAUGAGCGGGAUGAUAAAGUAUAUUCCAUAGGAGAACAAGCAUCUGAACCUUUAUUCCGUGGUCGCAAACUCGUCCUUAACUACACCAAUGGCUCACCCUGCCCUGAGGAGGGUAUUAUGAGCAGUUCCAAUGCCUCAACGCGACACAAGUCGACCAUCAUGUCUUUCCUUUGUGACCGUGAUGCGCCGGCAAGUACCGCCACCCCUUCCUUUGUCGGCACUGUGGAUUCAUGCACAUACUUCUUUGAGGUCCGCAGCUCGGCAGCAUGUGGUGGUAUUGCCGUGGACCCUAACGCUGGAGGUCUGGGACCCGGCGGUGUCUUUGGGGUGAUCAUGUUGAUCGCCGUGGCAGUGUAUCUGAUUGGUGGAUGCGCGUACCAACGGACAGUCAUGCAUCAACGUGGCUGGCGCCAAUGCCCAAACUUCAGCCUCUGGGCUGGAGUCUUCGACUUUGUCAAAGACAUGUUCAUCAUCGUCUUUUCAACUUUCGGCAAUAUCUGCCGCAUGAAUCGUUCCCGCUCAACUAACGGCUAUGUGCGCGCAGACUCCGACGGCGGUCAUGGCGGUGUCAUCGGUGCCAUCGGAGGACGCGGAGGACGCGGAGGUCGUGGCCAGUCGCGUGACGUGGAUGCUGAGAACAGGCUAAUAGACCAACUGGAUGAAGAGUGGGAAGACUAG